UAGUGGCUGCCCAUGUGGGCUGGGCCCUUGCCCUACUAGGAGCAGUGACAGGGUCACCUGUCGGGCCCCAUACCUUCAGGGCAACUCUCAGAGCAUGGAUCCCUCCUGAUUCUUCUCUGGCCCCAAUGUUCCUCACGGUCAAGCUGCUCUUGGGCCGAAGAUGCAGCCUGAAGGUAUCUGGAAAAGAAAGUGUGGCCACACUGAAGAAGCUGGUUUCUCAGCACUUGCAGGUACCCGAGGAGCAGCAGCACCUGCUGUUCCGAGGCCAGCUCCUGGCUGAUGACAAAUACCUCUCAGAUUACAGCAUUGGGCCCAAUGCCUCCAUCAACGUCAUCAUGCGGCCUCAAGAGGAUGUAGCACUGGACAAGACCCAUCAAACCCAGCCCCUGUGGCUCCAGCUGGGCCAGGUCCUAGACAAACAUUUUGGGCCAAAGGAUGCAAAGACGGUGCUGGGGUUUUUGAGGCAAGAGCACGAGGAACGUCUGCAGAGGCUGAGCUUGGAGGCCCUGGAGCAGCUGGUGGGCCAACUCCUAGCACAACAGCAGCUUGAAGAGCUGGCAGAGGAACAGGAAGUCCCUGCUGUUGCAUCAGAGCUCCAGCAAAACGAUGAAGGAGGAGGGGGAGGGACAGGCAGAGGAAGAGGAGGAAAGGAGGAAGAAGAGGAGGAUGAUAAGGAGGAGGAGGCUGAUCCAUAAAUUGGCCCAUCCUUCUCUUGCUCACUAAACUUCCCCUGGACUGACCCUUCUAUGUUCUCGGGCAGUUUUUCUCUUUGCUUUCUCCUGAUGGAGAUGCAUUUGUCCUUCUUGCUAAACCGCUAAGUAGCUGGAAGAUAUCUGGAUCCUUCCAUGCCCUACCUGUAGGUCCCCUUCUGAAGUGCAGACUGAUUCUAGCACCAUCUCUCUGCUACAAGAGAUUUGAGUGGGCCAAGGUAUGCUAUAGGGACAGUCAAUGGUCAUCCUGGCUCUGAGUGGAACAGGUUUGCCAAAGCAUGCCUCAGAGAAAGUCUCUAUGGCUGAAGACAGAGCCUCCUCUUCAGAACAGACAGUGUGAGUCCAUUGUACCCCAUAGAACCCAGACACCCAGUAGUAUAGAGAGAGGGGGAAGGGCUAUCAGCUGCCCUUGAACUCAUGGUGAGGCUGGCCCUGUUGUCCUGCUUGGUGUUUCCUAACUUCGGAGACAGGAGUCAGGGAAAUCGAUUGCAUGGGCCAGUCCUGGGGUUUGUGGGAAUUCAGAUGAAGUCCCAGAGGGCAGGAAACAGAGCCCUAAGCAGGAAAAAUAGUCUGCACGUGGUCCACUCAUGGGGCCAGCCUAAAUAAAGUUAUGC